AUGGCUCCCGUUCCAGCUCAGAGGGUCCCGGACGACAUGGCCGGCAACAAUCGCGAUGUCGCGGAUCUAUGGAAAGAUGCCCUGAAGACUUACAAGGGCAUUGUGGGUUUCGACCUGGAGCGCAAGUUCGAGAACGUAAAGGCCAUGAUCACCCGGGGCACCAAGGAGAUGCAGAACUUCCACAAGUUUCGUCACGAUGACAAGAAGGUCGACAAGUUGCGCGGCCUCUUCUCGGCAAACCUGGACUACAUUGAGAAGGGCGCUCAACAGCUCGUCGCGGCCGCCGUGCCCACCUUCCCGCCGGCCGCGGCGAUUGGCACCGCCGUUACCUUCAUGCUGAGCGUUUCGGCAGACUAUGACAUCGUGAUGGUCUUCUUCGAAGAUAUGAACAGCUUCCUGCAGCGCAUCGUCAUCCUGGAGACUAGGCUUCCAAAGUACAAUGCGUACCAGAACUGUCUGAUGGAUGUCUUCAUGUCAUUUCUGACCAUGUGCGGCUUUGCACACAAAUAUAUUGAAGUCGGCCGCUUCAAAAAUUGGAUCAGCCAUCUUAUCCAAGGCGAAGACAGCGAGCUUGGAGGGGCUCGGAAGAAGAUGGAUUUGCGGAUCCAACGCCUUCAAGAGGCGACCAAAUUCGCCAUCCUGGGCAACACUGAAGAGAUCCAGAAGAUGACCUUGGACGGCGAGCACAAGGGCAAGCCCUCUGCUGCGGAGCACGGCAAGCAUCCCUCGGCAAAGGGCAUUCGAAACACCCUGAUGGAAGUCGAGGGCGAAGACCACGAGUAUCACGUGUUACAGGAGACGAUCGUGCCCGAUACGCGCGCCUGGGCAUUUCGGGAGCCUCAAUGGAAUAGAUGGCUGAACCAGGAAGCUCCGCCGAAUACCGUCCUCGCCAUCACCGGAAGCCAGAGCACGGGCAAGAACUAUCUGGCGUUCUCCGUAUACCAAGCCCUCAAGAGCGAGGAGGCGGUCAACGACUCGUCGAGGCGCACGUGCGUGGCUCAGUUCUACUUUCGCGAACAGGACGAAAGCCUUUCGUCCUUCACCAAUGGUCUCAUCAGCGUCAUCAAUCAAGUUGCGGAACAGAACCCAGAGCUUUGCGAGGCCAUGUACGCGGAGAUCGUCCGGGAUGAGUCUCAGAUCGAUCGUGGAAACUCUGAUGACCUCUUACGCAAGCUCCUGGGUGCUGCGUUUGGCCAAGUUUCAAAGGGCCGCCUGUUCUUGGUGUUUGAUGGAACCGAUGAGAUUGCUGACAACGAUCUAGCCCUCUUCGAGCAGUUCAUCAAGACUAUCGAGGAAAGCGCUUUGAGGAUCUCAAUGGCGUACACAGCUAGAUCUGACUUCAACGUUCAGGAGGCAUCCUCGAACCCACCUUUGAAUAUUGAAAUCGCGAGGGAGAAGCAGAUGGACGACCUGAGAACCAUCAUCUGGGCUCGCAUCAACUCCCUAAGCGCUCUCAAAAAGUUCAGCCGCUACGUCUUCCAACCCUCAUCCCUCGCAAGACUGAACACUCUUGAACGCGAAGGCGCCGUCCUACGCAGUCUGGAAAAGCCUCUUCCUCGCACCCUCGACCAGCUGUAUAAAGUGACCACCGCAGAGUGCUUCCGUCGAACCGAAUCCGAUCGCCGCCUGUCGCUGCUGCGGUUCUGGUCCAAUCAAAGCGACAUCGAUCUUGAAGAGAUACCGGAGCCCUUCGACAAGCUUCUUCAGAUCGGCGAUCCGGACUCAGGCGCCGAAACACGAGCAAAGAUCCAGUCGCACGGAAAACUUCCCAUCAAGCUCAGAGAACGCUUUAUGCUUGGAUUCUUCCGGGAAGAGCCUGUUGCGCCCAACGAUGACCACCGCCCACGAAGAUCGGAAGCACACAGACAAAUGAUUCGCACCUGUUGUAACUUCAUCCAGCCUGAGCACCCCAGCAUCAUGAGCACCGAUCAAGGUGCUCGGGAGUACGCGAUCAACUACGUCCUUCACCACUGGCGCGGCGUCGAAGCAGAUCACUUGAACGUCGAGCAACAGACUGAAGUGAUGGAAACGUUCGCCUCGCUGAUGCUGGACAAGAGCUCGUUCGGGAGGAUCCAGGAGCAGGAGCUGAAGACCACCUUUUACCACGACGAGAUAUUCGUCGACUCGUUCUUUGAUAGACUCCGCUCAUGGGCCGGCCUCUUUCCUGAUGUGAAAGUGUCUCUCAGCACGGAGGCUGCCGAGUGGUGGGCUCUCAUUGCGGAACGCCCCAGAGACUGCCUGGUCCAACUUGCCAAGUCGCAUGUCCGCAGGCUCCAGGAUGCUGUCGAUAUGAACACGGCCGAAGCUUCAUUCUUAGCAGCCAAUGGCGCUUUGAGGAUCUGCGGCAAAGGAGCGAUUCUUGAGGAACAGGCGAGAGAAAGUUUUGCCUCUGCGGUUGGCAAUAUGUCAAGAACUCUGUCGGCCAAACAGGCAGUUCUCGGUCUUGAUGUUCUCUUCGGAGACAUCAAUUUGGGCUCUACUGGCUAUCACUGGCUUGCGGCCCUCCACUUUCUUUACAAACAGGUUCAACCUGCGGAGAGUACCUGUCUCAAGGCUAUGAAUUAUUCACAAACGCCACUCGAGCACAAGGGAAGACAGAUUGACCCGAGCAACCUCGUGACGGGGGAUGCUCUGAGAGCCCAGAUAAAGCUCUUCGAGAACGAACCUUACUUGGUCUACCAGGCCGUGAUUCGCGCGGCAGUCGAGUCCGGAGAGGUGGCCUUUGUCGUCCAGAUGUACCAGGACUUGAUCAGGCUGCUGGAAAACGUCAACGCAUCCGCUCCUUUACUCAUCGAGCUCGGCUUUCCCCACAUCAACGCGACAAAAGACCUCGAAGCCGCGAGGACCGUCUUCGACCAGGCCCUGGACAGCGGGUCCACCGGCUGGCCGUACGCCGUGACGGGCGAGGCGCCCGAAGCUACACUGGACACCGCCAACACCUUCCAGAGCGAGGUCCUUUACCGCCUCUUCCCGGAGUCCGCAGACGUGAAGCGCAAGCGGAAGCUUCUCGAGGUCGAAGGGCUUCUCAUGCGGCCCCUCGCGCUGGACGUGCCGCCGAUCUCGAACACUGCUAUGCUGUAUCGCCAGAUCGUCCUCGCCCGGAUGUAUCUCAAACUGGGCCCGGCCGAGAUGUUUCACCAGACGCUGCAGGGUGUCGUCGAUUCUUGCGUAGGGGCUCUCAGUGACAACGUGGGCUGGAAUGACGGGGACAAUCUGGUCUGCUUGGCGAUGUCGCUGGGCAUUCUCGGCGGGACCGUCAAGGACGGGCAGGGGCUCAAGAGGGCGGCGCAGAUUCUCCUGGAAGAACGCGGCGACGAAGAUUCCGAUGACGUGGAGGAUUCCGCGACGAAGGGUGAUGAGAGCGACCUCGAUGAAGAUACCGAGUUGUUCUGCGACGGAGGCUGUAUACCCACGGCCAAGUUCAAAACCUGGGCGGGAAGCGUUUGCUACCUCUGCCUCGUCUGUUCUGAAUGUUUCCUAUGCAAGGACUGCUACAAGAUGAGGGGCCGAGAUGAUCAUCAUAGUUUAAGUAGACCCCGGUACAUGCCACAGUGUCCGCCGGAUCACGAGUACAUCGAGGUGCCCAUCAAGGGAUCGAGAGGUGUCGUGGAUGGGACAAUUUUGCUCGAGGGUGAAGAGCCAGUCGCAUUCAGAGACUAUCUGCAGCAAAUCCGCGAAGAACUGUGCAAAGAAGCGUGGGAGUCGUUUUGA